UGAGAGAGACAGACAGACUGGGGGUGAGAAAGACUUGGUAGCUAUAUAUAGCUAUAGAGAUCUUGCAGUCACGUGCCUGGAAAGUACACAGCCGCCAUCUUGUCAGUAAAAAACACAGCUGAAUACUGCUGCACUGGUGUACAGAAUGGAUCAAUUUCAACCGACGGACUACACGGCUCAUUUUUCUAAUGAAUAGAUAACUAGAUAUAUGUCUAAAAUAAACGAUCUACAGAUUAGUGACCCUUAUGGCUUACCGGACGGAGUUUUCACGACCGUGUCAGUGGAUUUUGAACUGCCAGCGGAAUACCCGGACGUGUAUAAUUACCUCAUCAACUUUCACUCGCUGUUCAGUGGUGAAGCACUGCAUGCUUAUAAAUCUCUGGACAGUUAUCUUUACAGAAAUUCACCCCCUCUUAGGCGAGAGAUAGAGGCUUAGUAGUGGAGAUUUGAGUGGUUGUUUUCUGAGCUUAGUCAACAGGCCGGCUCUGCCUGCAGCCUCGCUUUUGCUUCAGCUCCCGACGCCGCCUCCUUCGCCUGCCAGACCUGAUAACAAUCCACGGAGACCCCGCUGGUCUCACUAUCUCGUCCGGAAUGUUGUGCAUGCGAUGGAAAGCUACAAACCGUCAUUUUCUGCUGGAAACCAAUGUCCAGUAAGUCCAUACGGUUGUAGUGGAUAUUGAAGUCCUGUACAGACGAACAACACGCAAAAAUACACACAAAAAACAUAAAAAACGUGCACAGGUAGGGAGAGCUUGUAGCCGCAGCCGUUGUAGUAGAAUUGUAUAUAGUAGGGUUUUCCAGAAGAAAAGGUAGAAGUAAAAGCAGAAGUAGAACCAGAAGUAGAAGGCGGAAAUGUGGUGUUUGACCGACAAGAUGGCGUCUGUCACAAUCUGGAUCGGCUGUGACGUCACAUGCAAGUGCUCCAUUGAUGUAGAACUCCCUGUAAAAUAUAAUCCGCUUGAGGCUGAAGAGCUUAUGCUGGACUUAUAUACCAUAAUGCCUUGUGAUAUUAGGCAAUUAAACAGUUAAUUAAAUGUACUGCUUAUGUACAAAGCAAGUGCUCUUAGUGCUCUCUUAGCUAAUAGAUCUUGAUUGCUGAUUUCUGUGCAUCAGAUGUUACGUUACAGCUACAUAUAGAAAUAAUUGAUGGCGGAUAUGAUAGCUUAAAUGCAUUUGUUUAUCCUUGAUUCUAUUGCUCCCAGGUCGUGACCAGGAACGGCGGACACAACAGCUAUUUCCUUCCCUCCAGCGUGCUCCUACUGGACAUAGUAGCCCGAGAGAAAGCAUCUCCUUACUCAGUGUUGGACCGAGUCAAAGCAUAGCCACAUUUUUCCAAACUGCAGACUCCUUGAUAAACAGACAUGUCCCUGCUGCUUAUUGUGCCAUUUCUGCUGGUUGCUUGUCAUCCAGGAAAAGUUUCUUCAGCAGUUCUCCAUCCUUCACCAGAAGAACCGAUGGAUGCUCAAUCUCCUCCAAUUAUCAGGACAAAUAGAUGCCUGGGAGAUCCACUUCAGAGCAUCCGCAAGACCAUACUGGAUUCUUUGAAUCUGCAGACCGAGCCUCACAUGUCCGUUCCUGGAAUGGCUGAGAUUCGAGAGCGCUGGAUAAAUGUUUUCAAAGACAACACACAACCAUCAUCAUCAUCAUCCUUAUCAUCAUCAUCCAGUUCUGGGAAUUCAACACAGCUCCAAUGUUGCAAGUUUGCCUCCCAGGUUUUCAUAAAAGAUCUGGGCUGGGAUCAGUGGAUCAUUUACCCAGACAGCUUCACCUUCGUCCAGUGCAGUGUGUGCGUGUCCCAGCAGAAUCAGCGCAUGUUUAAUUGCAGAAAUGAUGAUCCACCAGCUCUGGAUCCUCCCUCACAGAAGCCGUGCUGCAAGGUGACCUCACUUGACCUUGUGCCCUUCCUGUACAUGGAUGAAACAAGCACCCUCAUUCUCAGCUCCGUCCCCCUGACCCGCACGUGUGGCUGUCGCCAUGGUGAUGACACCCAGGCCCUUCAACUGUGAUAAACAACACCAAGAGUACAAACGCCUCCCCCUACCUCUUUAUGUCACACAGGCCAUAAGCUUUCUGAUUUCUAUUGGCUUCAGAGAGGGAUUUCUGCUGGUUGCAAGGUCAUCUGCCUCCACAUACUUCAGGUCCUCAGCUGAACAGACUCCAAUAGUUUUGAUAACCUCCACUACUCGCUGUAUAGAAUCCUCUUGGCUGAAGACAGAACUGAGGGAUGAGGUUAGGUCGCUCACCCAUUCAUCCAUGACUACAAGAGGGGAUAAAGACAGAAAAUGGUCCAACUAUUUUCGUUAGCUUCCGGGAUACCUGAAGAAUAAUUUUCGCUCAGUUUAGUUCACCCCUACUGAUCAACAACACUGUGUUUAAGAGAUAUUACUUUAUGUCCAUUCAGACUGUACAGAGGCAAUGGAUAGAAAUCCAGGCAGUGUUCUGCACUCACGCACUGCAUAUCCUCAGCUGCUUGUUUGACUUCAUAGAGUCCAUAUGCUGAGAAAUACAAUGAAGUGUAUGGUGUCACCAGAAAGCAAACCUUUUUGUCAUCUUUAAUCAAAAUGAGCUCAAUCUGACCAAACGUGAUCGACUCAUCAGACUCACGUUUUAGGCAGAGAAAAGAUCCUUUUUUGUAAAGGGUGCCUUUAAAGUCAACCUCGGUGGACAGAGAAUCCGGUUCUGGAAACGUGUGCUUCGACUGCAUUGCGCACUGCAUCACUGUACAGGUGAGCAUGAUAUGGAGUUGAGUUUUUUUAUUUCAACACUGGUGCAAAAAAGGAGUUUGAGCAGAGGGUUGUUUGGAGGAGUUGGUGCUGGUUUGCGAGUGACUGGCAUAUAUUCUUAAAGUUUUGAAUCCUCCUUAUGCACCUCUUAAAGUACGAGUGUUUACUUUCAAAUCUCAUUGUCCAUAGCUGUAUUAGGGGGCCCAGUUUGAGGAUCAAUGAUGCAUUAUGGAGAAGAUAGUGGUGCUUGGGUUUUAGAUGGUCAGAAGGAAACGCUGCUUUUCUUGUUUCCAGAUAUUCAACCACAACAAUGUUGAGGUAAGCUACCUGGGCAGUGGUGAUCUUGGGUGCACACACUAGUUCCACAAGUUCUUUCAAAGUGAUCACGAGUUGCCACACUGGGUUACAAGGAUCAACUUUGUCACCAAUAAUGACAGGCAGGAGUCUAAGGAGACACCAGUUCUGAGCUGCUUGGCCACCUACUGUUUUGGCCUUUUCAUUCACCUGACAAGGAGAUGAGCUGGAAUCUGAGUCCUUGUAGGCAAAUUGUGUGAUUCUCCUGUUCAACUGAGAGUAUGUGAGCCAAUGUUUGACUUUUAUGAAGUAGCGCAGGUAAAUGGCUAAGCCAUAGGCUACAACUCCCUCAAACAAGUCAUGCCCUAUGCAUGGAGGAAGGCCUGGCUGACAUACAUGGAAAUAUUUCAGAGUGUUGAAGAUGGAGUCACAAAUUAUGCCUUUGACAUGAUUCACAUCACUCUCCUGCAAUAACUGCACUGCUUCUUUGUAGUUAUCAACUGUUUGUACAGGAAAGCUCUGACUCACACUCUCAAGUUGGUCUCUUUGUACCUCACAAUACCUGCAGAAGUACUUGGAGGUGCUGAAAUUCUGAGUGUAGCCACCAAUGCAGUGUGACCCCUAAUUGUCACCUGCAAUAGAUAUUAUGGUUGCUCAAACCACAUGACCAGAAGGUGUCACGAGUCCAUGUUCUUCAAGUUGUCUCAGGUCUGACAACAAUCUCGAUAACACUGUGUCCUGACCAAAGGAUUUAAAGUCUCUCUCUUUGCACAACAGUCCUAACUGCAUAUUGUCAAUACUGGAAUGAUGGAAUGGCUUAAAGUCAGCGAGUGUGAAGUAUACUCCGACAAGUUUGUUUUCUCCUGGAUGACCCAAGUGGGUUCACAACUUCAAACACAUCCUGAUACAAAAUCAGUUUCAGGACUACGCCACCUGCUUGUAGAGACAAGUCUUUGGAUUUGAAGACAGAGCCAUCACAAAUAUCACUUAAGAUGAUAUCAGAAACAGGACGAUUUUGAGACUCCACACACUCUUCCCACACAACAGGAUCUUUUAGAAUGGCUCUUAAAGUGUCAUGCAAGGGUAUGUAUUGUGCAUAACAGUCUCUUCUAUGUUCAUUGGUGCCCAGGUAAACAUUUUCUGGGUGCACAUAGGCAAAGUUCCUCUCAAAAUACUGCCUCCUGGUAUGUUCAGUGGAGAGAUGAGAGCUACAUGCAGCAUGCAAAUCAGUUUCCUGGAGAUUCUGAAAAACUGAAUCAAGCUCAGCAUCUGACAUGUUACUAUUAGCUCUAAGUGUCCCUUUAAUCUUGUCUUUUGUGUACUGAUGACAAAUGGCAUUCAGGCCAUUAAUUUCUUCAACAAUCAUUUAAAUAGUUGAUGAUGGAACCAGGUACUUUGCCUGGAGUUGCAUGUAAAACAGGCACAGAUUCCUCAUGUACAAUGAACUAAUAUCAAUAUCUUCUGGAACCUGAGACUGAUUUUUACUGAGGUCCAUUCCAGUUUCAGUUUCGUUGGACUCAAUCUGAGAGGACACAGAUGACUUUAAAUGCCUUGAUACAAUUGCGGAAUGGGCAAUGUAUUAACUAGGGAUGAGCGAGUACAGCAUUAUCUGUAAACCAUAUGAAUUAUCUGUAUCUGUAUCCGUACCAUGAAGUGGGCGGGAUUUAACCCAGAAGUGGGCUGGAUUUAACCCGGAAGUGGGGCUGGUUGUCUUGAAAUGGGCGGGGCUUUAACCAGUAUGUUAUUUUAAGCAUGCAGUUGAUAUGGGUUGAUCAGAAAUUGUUAUAUUUAUUGCUGAUUAGAAAAUUAUUUACAGGACAGCAUCAGCAUUGAGCUUUAGAUCGAUGGUUUUGAUCACGACAGCAAACGAACUAUUUACAGAACAAGUUUUGCAACAAUGAAUACAACACGUGGUUGCAAUUAUGAAAUGAAAUGUAAUGAACAAGAGUUUUCAUACUCAACAUAACUUUCUUUUUUAACUUUUAAUUUUUUUAUGAUCAGUGUGAUUUUUUUUUUGUUCUUUUUAAUUUUUUUCAUUUCCUCACCAGGGGUGUGUGUGUGUGUGUGUGUGUAGCUUAAUUUGUAAUACUUAUCACUACCCAAGUAGCAAUGAGAAUCGGGCCACUUCCGUAAAACCUCCAGCGCCAUCGGCUGAAUAGUGGCAACCGCAAUUGGGCCAGGUCUUUAAUUGGCUCCGUCUGACUGAGCAUCGGCUGAGCCACGGCAACCGGGAGCGUGCCGCUUCCAUAAAACUGCAGCUCAUGCCGACUGUGAUUUGGUGGCAUUGGCUGAAUCAUGGCACCCAGGUUAAAAUCUGAGCGCUCGGCUACCAGUACGAAACCGAUUGAAAAUGCCAACGGUACUGCAGCAAGCAUCAUUUGCACACAGUUCAAUCACUGACUGCAUUGACUGAUUAUAUUUCGUAAGAUAAAUUAAAAUAGCAGACAUACUAUUAUAUAUUCAGUUUGCAUUUCACUAGAUAGUAAACAACGAAAACCAUUUUAAUCUCAUAUGUUUAUGAAAUACUUCUUGUCUAUGCACGCCGUUCACAGUCUUGACUAUGCGGUGUGUAUGACUGGUAAUUACUAACUCUGACCACUAGGCGGUGUGUGACUGGUAAUUACUAACACUGGCCAUUAGGCGGUGUGUGACUGUAAUUACUAACACUGGCCACUAGGCGGUGUGUGACUGGUAAUUAUUAACACUGGCCACUAGGCGGUAUGUAACUGGUAAUUACUAACACUGGCCACUAGGUGGUGUGUGACUGGUAAUUACUAACACUGGCCACUAGGCGGUGUGAGACUGGUAAUUACUAACACUGGCCACUAGGCGGUGUGUAUGACUGGUAAUUACUAACAAACAAUUACUGCAUAAACAAUGCGAAAUCAACAAAUUGUCAAAUCAACAUGUAACCCUGUUAAAAAAAUCACUAUCCAUAAAGAGAUAAUAAAUAAUAAAUAGUUUAAUAUGUUCAUUGGUUGGUUAAAAAUGUGAUUAAAAGUGUGGAAAGGAUAUUUCAUAAAGGUUAAAAUAGUUGAUAAAAGAGUAGAGUGUAAUAAAUACGCUAAAAAGAUUUAAAAAGACACAAAUGUGCAAAUUUUAAGUAUUUCCUUUUAUUUUGAAGAAUCUCCUGGGUAAAGUUUUGUAGGAGGGAGCUUGAAAGAAGCACCACGAGCAGUGUUGCCAGAUUGGGCGGGUGCCCGCCCAAUUGGGCGUCUUUUGACUGCCUCAGACGGGCAGAAAAAGCCUUGGGCGGGCAAAUAAAAUUUGGGCUGCUUUCAAGAAGUUUGGGCGGGGGGUUUUGUUCUCACGCCAGCCAUACAUUUUAUUCAAUAAAUAAACAAAUCAAAUAAAUUGUGUUCCUAUCCAUAUACACACAAUCACACACAGCAGGCGACCGAUAUGGCCACCAUAUGGAGGCAGCCUACGUGAGAUAAAAAUGAUACAUUUUAGAACGUUUCUAUAGUUACAGCUAAGCGCAGCUACGCAAGUAUUUUUAAACUAGCCAGCAUGUCGUCCGAGUGGGGAAAAUAUAAAAAACAUUAUCGAAAGGAGUGAGAAUCUGACGAGGCUUUGAAAGCAUGGAUUGCACCUGUCCUGCAAGAUCUGUCCAAGGCACGGUGCAAGUACUGCAAAAGUGAGAUCCGAGCUCAACUAAGCGACCUUAAAGACCACGCAGAUACCUCUCACCUCAAGACGCUGACCUUGGCACCACAUUUCAGGAAGAGCUCAGCGCGAGCGCACUGCCUCCUGAAAUGAAAGAAACCAUCUCCGCGUGGUGCUUUGCGUUCAUCAAAGAACUUUUGGUGCAAUACCAAAUGCGCUUAACUGACUCACUGGAUAUGCUGCGGCAAAUGGAGCUGCUCUCCCCUAAGUCAGUUAUGUCCACCAUGGACAGACCAAGGGUGAGGGAGUUACCGAUGGAGUUUUUCAUGUGCGCCGUUGACACCUUGGAGUGCCAGUGGAGAAAUGUCACAUCAGCUGCUUUUUCAGGCGACCAGGCCAUUGACACGUUUUGGAUGGAGAUCAAAGCGUUCAAAGACGCAGGGGGGAAUGCAUGUUUUCAAGAUCUUGCAUUGGGUGCCAUCCGACUGCUGUCUUUGCCCAUAUCCAAUGCGCACAUCGAGAGAGCAUUUUCCCAAGUUGCGCUCUUGAAAGACAAUACAAGAAAUCAUAUGGGACUCUCUCUCCUGUCCAGUCUCAUGGAGGUCCGCUCCGGCCUGUCCAGGAAUGGAUGGACGUCCGCUACCUUCAGACCUCCCCAGCAGCUGUUGGAGAGGUUUAAUUCUUCGAUGUACGAGUAACAGCUGAUGAUGAUGGUAAUGUGCUGUUCUGAAUAUGUAGCCUGUGUUUAUGCGUAAAGAAGAUGGUAGGCCUAAUGCGCUGUUUUUGUUCUGAAUUAUAGCCUGUGUUUAUGCGUAAAGAAAACUUAUGGCCAGUUACAAUAUCUGAUUCAUUCAUUAAUGCCAUAAUGCCUUUUAAUUAAUUAAUGUAAAAAGCCAUAUACUAUAGGCUACGUUACAUGUGCUUAUAUAGCUAGUUUUUUUUUCUAUCCUGAUUGUUGUGAGAUUGUGGUUUCAACACUCAAACCUGGGAAUGAGUGGGCCUAUGUCGUGAGUGUAUGUUUUUCACAUGUUCUCAUACAUGUCAACCUAUACGGAAUGUCCGUAUUUUAUACGGAUUUGAUUCAAUAAACGUAGUAUAUGGGCAUAUAAAUAAAGUUAUACGGAUUCUUUAAAAAAAACUUCAAUAUUUAUUUAGAGCUAUAAUCAAUUCCCACGAUGAUAAAAGAACGCAUAACAUUUACAAACGUACUGUACACCACAGACAGCCAGUAAAGAGUCUUAUUAAAUCGCGCGUUAUCUUGUGGUAGCGAGACUUCGUUCCACUUUUGAUCAUGCGCACACCGCAUUGCGAGAAUCCCGCCAACCGGGAAGUCAUUGACAUAUAAACAUAGAUGCCGCCUUCUGCGUAGAAUCAUACGUCAUCCUUGCCGCCAUAUUGGAUGGGGCAAAGUGGAGAUUCUUCAGCCGUCUCUGGUAUAGCUACAGUAGCCGAGAAUAAAGAUGCCUCAUUCAUGUGCUGCGUUUAACUGUACCAACAGGUUUACCGUCCAAACGAGAUCACAUGGGAUUACCUUUCACAGGUGAGACUGGAAAAAUACUUUUCAUUGUGUUUGGCCAUUAUAACGUAAUUUUACGAACAGAUUUUUCUGACUUCGUGGCUAAUAUGAAGUCUCGCGCAUAAUAGCCGCUCGGUGAAACCUGUCUCCAAACAACGAAGUAUUUCCUUCGUAACUACGCUGAUAACACUUUGUGUUUUUGUCAAACAUUGGAGCUUUGUAUUCAUUCUGAAGGUUUAUUGUUAUUAAUAAAAGUAACUGGGAUAUAUCAUUGUUAAUUAUCAUUCAAAUUUUAGGUAAAUUAUUUUAAUUUGCAUCUUAUACGGAUUUUAUAAGGGAAAUACGGAUUUUGGGGGUUGGUUAUACAGGUUUGAUUGACCAAAGGUUGACAUGUAUGUGUUCUGUGUCACUGUCAUCUAUCUGUGAUAAAAUACCAUUUUACAUUUGGGCUAAUACAUUUAAUACUGUAAAUGCUUUUAAACGCACGUUUAUUCAAAUAUUAAAUGUUUUCAUGUGAAAAAA